GAGUGUGACAUCUCCUUUCAGCUCACCGAUGGAUGGUGGCGAUCUCUCCGCAAUCACCAGCUCCCGCUUUUGGAAAGCUGGCGGCCACUUCACCCCAAGUUCCAACGCCGGUCCUGAGCACUCUAGCCCACUGGCACCUCGAGACUUGCGUCCGCUGAGACCACGCAAUGGAUAUGGAAAUGGUUAUGGACAUGGACACCCCGCAAACCCUUUCGCCGGCAACGGAUACCGCAGCUCGCGUACCUGGGUGUCUUCCGAAGCUCAGCUCCACCAGGAGUUCGUCAUCAUACGCAACGCCAUGCGUCGCCUCUUCAAGAACAGCGAAGUCGCGAAGUGGAAGCUACAAGACUACACGGCCCACAAGGAGGGUAUUCUCGCCUCGAAGAAAGCUGCACUAGACCGUGCUCUGAAGCAGAAGGAAAUCGAGCGUGCUGUCGGGGCAAUUCAGCCUGACCCUAAGCGGGAUUUUUCCAUUUCCAAGCUCAUUCCUGAGUCCAACCUAUGCAUGGAAGGCAACCUCUCCCGUGUCCUCGGCAUGAAGACGAUCUGGUGCAAAGACUGGAAGAACGGCAAGGAUGAGGUCGCUGACUGGCCAACUCUCCCGGAGAUGAAGUGGGAAGGCGAUGACCGGGCUAAGACAGCUUGCGGUCGCUUCCUCCCUCUCCCUCGUGAGGAAGGCGCACCGGGAAUUCCGUGGGGCCAGCUCCAGGUGAUCGAGCAAUAUCCGCUUGACCAAGUGCAGUGCAUCCCCACUAUGGAGGACAUUUACCUCCCCGUCGACGAGAUCGAAGAGGGAGACAUCCCGCAACUUCUCAACCAGGAACUCCUCGACGCGCUCGACGAGUCUCUCUAG